UAUACUGGCUCGGGGGAUCAGGCUGCCCAGUGACCCCCCCACAUCUCACGCACGCAAUGGCAGACAUCGAGCAGGCGAGGCUGGCCGAGCCGGCAUGGGCGAGCGAUAACCGGCGCGGGCGAAGAGGCGUGUCGUUCGGACUGCCAUCACUGCGCGGCGGCAUGGCCAUGCUCAUUGCCCUCGUGCUCUUCUGGGCCGGAUACGUGGUGCACAGCGCCCCGGAGCACGUCGCGAGCGUCAAGAGCACGCUCGCAGGCUGGGUCCACCCGACCCCGGUCGACAUCGUGCCCCCGCCCGUUAUCGACACGCGUCCGGACGUCGACAGCCUAGUGGAGGAGAUUGCGCGCAUCAAGGUGCUCAAGUCGCUGCUGAAAGAGCGCUUCCCGGCCGGCGAAUGGGAAAAGUACAGGUCGAACAACUACAACGCGCUCGACCGCCUCGCAUCAUGCAUCCAGCAUGGCGGGUGCCAUGAGAGCGAGGAGACGGUCAUCUUGGCAGGCAGCUAUCACUUUGGAAACUCCAAGGCCGGCGAUGUGUCCGGAGAGGACAUCUGGGCGGCAUCCACAAUCGAAAUGUUCGAGUCGCUCAACCACACCGUGCUCUACGCGUGGAACCAGUGGGAGUCGCUCCUCAUCUACCAGGCGCUCUCGAAGCGCAUCCCCAUCGUCAUUAUGGAGCGCGACCACUACCAGCGCUGCGUGGAGCGGACCGAGGGUGAACAGAAGGAAGACGGCGACGAGCACUGGCGCAAGCUGCCGUACUGCAUCCAGUCGGCAAAGUUCCCCGAGGGCAUCCCGUACUGGAAGAUCUUCUUGUGGCACUUCUGGCACGGCUCUGACCACGCUCUUGGAUCUCGCUGGACAAUGUCGCCCGAGGACUUUGCCAAGAUCUACCCCAACGACCCCAAGGCUGGGAACCACUACAUAGGCUACUCGAUCGAGUCGCGAUGCCGCAAGGAGCAGCACUUCAAAGAGCGCAAGCACCGCGGGUUCAUCUUUGGCAAGCAUGAAAACUUCUUCCGCCAGGAAGAAAACGCGUUCUGGGACGCCAUGCCCAAGGUCCGCGACGCGAUCAAGCCUGACGGCGACGAAAAGUUUGAACUCUACUCGCUUUCUGGGCCGACGCUCCCCGAGGGCAUUAUGGAGGAGACGUUCACGCCGGGCAUCUGGACGCUGGGUCGCCAGACUCAGUCGGGCUUCCACCGCUUCGUGGCGCAGAGCAAGGUCAUGAUCGGGACGGGCGCGCCGAAGCUCUCGCCGUCGCCGUACGACGCGCUGUGCAUGGGCGUGCCGUUCAUCAACCCCAUUCUCGAGUGGGACAAGAAGCAGCCGGCCGACAAGACCAAGUGGCGCGUUCAGCAGUCGGCGCUCAUCGACGUGCCCGAGCCGUACGUGUACCACGUGUACAAGCACAACGAGGAGGACUUUCACCGCGCCGUCGAGGCGGCAGUCCAGACCCCCAUCCCGCGCUACAUCCCCCCUCCGAUGCGCCUCAACGCCGUGCUCGAGCGCCACCGCCUGUGGGUCGCCAACGACUGGCACAAGGAGGCAAAGGAGCUCGUGGCGCAAAAGUACAGGGGCCAGCCGAAAUCCGACUAUGCCCACCUCAUCAUGGACGAGGUGUACAUGGAGGACUUCCCCGGCCCGCGUAUUGGCGAGUGGAUCUGGAAGGGCCCAAAGAGGCGCCGCCAGAUUGGGCAGUGAGUGGGUAGUAGUACAUAGGACAUUGCAGGUUGUGUUGUAAGAUGCAUAGAUGGC